GUUACAGGUUUGGUACGCAGUCGGCGUCUACUACUCGCCCUUGAUAUGAUUGCGACUACUGGAUAUCACGGGAACUUCAUCAAAAUCUGGGAUGCGAUGACCGCAAACGAGCUGGUGACGACACUCUGCGCUUCGACAGUGACACUUGUAUCUGCUCUAACCCACCACGUUGGCCUCACAGAGAACCGACGGGUCCUUCCGAGUCAGGAGGAUGCCGCACUCUGCAUAUAUUGUCGUGUAACAGUAUAUAAGACAAAAUGUCUUUGUCGGGACCUUGGAUCAUAUUCUCUCUCCCGGACUAAUAACUGUGCAAUGAGACAUAUCCUAGCAGGUUUGGUGCUCUCGACCACGCUUGUUGCCUGUGCGUGGGCUGGGAAACCAACUCAGAUUUAUGGUGUUAAUUUGGGUUCUUGGUUAGUUCUAGAGCCAUGGAUGCUUCCUCAAGAAUGGUUGGACAUGGGUGGACAGUCAUGUAGUGACAGUUGUUGGACAUGCAUUUCAACUGAGUCAUCAUUUGCAAAGGCGUACCCCGACACUGUUGACACUAAAUUCGCUCAACACUGGGACACCUGGUUUACGCAGGACGAUGUCAACACACUGAAGGCAGCUGGUAUCAAUGCCGUCAGGGUUCCUCUGGGAUAUUGGAUUGUGGAGGCUUUGGUCGAUAGGUCGCACGAAUCAUACCCUCGGGGCGGUCUUAAUUAUCUGCGUCGGGGCUUGGGCUGGCUGAAAGAUGCUGGGAUCCAAGCGAUCCUGGAUCAUCAUGCAGCACCCGGGGUUCAAUCGCCUGACCAAAUGUGGACCGGAAAUUGUACUACCGAUGUUCAAUUCUACACUCCAUACAACUACCACCGUGCACUGGUGUGGACAGCGGUCAUGACUGCGCUUUCUCACCUGGACCCUAAUUUUGGGAGUGUCUUUGCGAUCGAGGCAGUCAACGAACCCAUUAUGGACGCGGCUUUGACACCUGGCUAUGGCACCUUCCAAAAGAACUUCGUCCAGGUAAUGCGUGCAGUUGAGCUCACACUCGGAAUAUCUGUGCCGUCAUCUAGUUUAUCGUUAUCGGCAUCAGUGUCCAUCUCGAACAACUUCACCGCUGCAUUGAGUUCGACAUCUUCAGCAACCAUAUUCUCGGCGGAGGUGCAAGCGGCACUUUUUGACGCCGUUCCAAUUUUACUAGAAAUUGGAGCAGCGUGCGGUUUGCAAACCAUAUUCGAAGCAUCACCCUUCAAACGGUCCCGUGAUUCAUUGGUGGCGAACUUUAUGGAUGUGAACUGGCAGUACGACAACCCUUCUAACCCAGCUGACGCGGCGAUUGGCCCUCAAGCUUAUGACAACCAUUUGUAUUACUCGUUUGGCGGAGUUGCGGCUGCUGACCCAACGUCUUACAUGAUUAGCAUCUGCAAUCUUUCACGCAUCCAGGCUGACGCAGCGGUCGGCGACUCUCCGCUCUGGUUCGGAGAAUGGGGACUUUCGACACAGUUUAAUGCCACGGACGAGUUCCUCUACAAGUGGGCUGACGCACAGAAGUUGGCCUAUAGUAAAGGUGCUGGUUGGAUUUUCUGGAACUUCAAAACUGAAAUAUCAGGCCUUACCAAUGGGAGUGCCCUUGCAAGGCAAUGGUCUUACCUUGAGGGGCUGAAACUCGGAUUCCUGACCCAGGACCCCGCGGCGCUCCACGAUCCGAACGUGUGCGUUCCAUACAUGAACGAUACCGCUAAUAGCACUAGUUCAUGAUUUGCGUUCUUGGUGACUAAGUAAGCGUACCUAUAUCUUAUCCCUGCUGACCCACAUUCUUUUGUCGACGUUCCUUACUGAUUCCUCUGUAACUGCCUCCGGAGCCAACUUAUUCCUAGGCUUGCUAUUCUAACAAAAUUAGGCACCAUAAAUAGAUAACACGUUGAAUAUAUCUAAACUAACUCAUA